UAGGAAAUAACGAUCACAGUUAAUGAGGGCCGCUCCUGAAUGCCAUCUUCCGAAGGACGGUCGUGAACAAAGUUCAAUCCCGAUCCUUUUAAUCGCUAUAAUAAAUCACUGUUGGCGAUUUUGCACAUCAUCUGUAAUUAGCACCGUACAAUCACAAGAAAUUUGAACAGGAGGGGCACGAAAGUUCGUGUCCAAAACGGAACGAACGAGGAACUAGAUCAGAAAAUGAUUAAAUUAGAAAGCAUUGUAAUGCCUACAUGUCCGUGCCUCCUCCAUUUCCGCAUGUGCUUUCAUAAUCCUGCGAUGUUGCCCGUGAAAAUUAAUUAGCGUUAUAACAGUACGGAUCGCCAUAUCGACAGUUCGUGUCGUGUUAUUCAAAUCAUGGCUUCAAGAUUUAAACUUCAUGAAACACACCUGGAAAAUAUUUAGAAGAAUCUUUGUUUAAGACUUGAACUUUACAUUCAGUUAUUCAAACUAUGGUUUCUAAGAUUUAAACUUCAUGAAACUCACCUGGAAAAUAUUUAGAAGAAUCUUUGUUUAAGACUUGAACUUUACAUUCAGUUAUUCAAACUAUGGCUUCUAAUUGUAAGAUUUAAACUUAAGACUCGUCCUUUAUUUCCAGUUAAUCAAACCAUGGCUUCUAAGAAGAUGAUACCACUGCCAUAUCCCUUCUCCCUCGAGGCCGAGUUGAAGAAGAAUCCGGAAAUAAAGAUGUCGGACAUCGAGAUGCUGAGGGAAUGGUGCGAGAAGCAGCAACAUCUACCGAAGAUUUCCGAUUUGCUGCUGAUAAUGUUUCUACACAGCAAUUACUACAGCAUGGAGGCAGCCAAAAAUACGGCAGAGAACUUCUUCACCAUCCGAUCCCACGUCCCUGAAUUCUUCUCAAACAGGGAUCCUCUGGGAUCGAAGGAAGUGCGUCAAGCAUUCAAUACUGUAGCCAUCAACGAAUUACCGAGUACUUCAAAGCAAGGUUACAAGAUACUUCUCUCGAAGUUAGUGGAUCCUGACCCGGCGCAUUAUUCCUUUGAUGAAGUCACGAAAUAUUUCUUCAUGGCAUCCGAUUUAAUUGGACUGAAUAACGGUACCUGCGACGGAUACAUUUUUAUCGGGGACUCGGCUAAUUUGAGUCUCGGCCAUGUGGGUCGUUUGAGUGCUAUGGGGAUGAAGAAGUUGGUUAUGUACGUCCAAGAGGCAAUACCCGUGCGAUUGAAAGGGAUUCAUUUCAUCAAUACACCGCCUGUGAUGGAUGUGAUACUCAAUAUGGCGAAACCUUUCAUGAAGAAGGAACUUUGGAACAUGAUACACAUGCACUCAUCGUUGAAGACGUUAGAGGAACACGUAUCCCUCGAUGCGCUUCCUAAAGAGAUGGGUGGCAAAGCGGAUUCGGUGUCCACGUUGCAUGACAAGUUGACGAAAGAAAUCGACAGUAAACGAGAAUGGUUCAUCGAGGAGGAGAAACUGUCUCGGGUGGAUGAGUCAUCGCGUAUCGGCAAAAGUAACAUUGCGAAUGACCUGUUUGGAGUUGAGGGCACUUUCAAGAAGCUUGACAUAGAUUAAAAUUAUUUUUUACUAAUAUUUCCUUGAAAUAAAUAAGGCAGAUAUGAGCUUUGAAGCUUGUACGGUCGCCUCUGCUGUAUGUAUUAUUUGAGGCUUCAGUGUGAUGCUUCACUAAUGAGAACUUUUUUAUUUAAGGUUCGAGAUUUUUAAAAAUCUCAAACGGUAUUAGAUUGUUACUAUUUGCAUCAUUAGUUAAUUAGGACAACGUACAGUUUCUAAUUAAAUAUAACGGUGCCUUCA